AUGAAGAGUAUCCUGUGCAGUGCUGACCACUCCGCCCUGACCCAGUACUUUUCCUACGAUACCAUGGACAGACGUCUUGUUGUUAUCUUUACUGCCACCGGAAACCAAGGUUAUCCGAUUGCGAAAUAUUUCCUGCAGGAUCCAAUUGCAAAAUCACACUAUGUCGUUCGAGCCCUGACCCGUGAUGUCACGAAACCUUUAGCACUUGAGCUAGCAGCUCUUGGGGCUGAAGUGGUCAAGUGUGAUCUAGAUUCGGAACAAGACGUGAACUCAGCAGUUGCGAGGGCGCAUGCCAUAUAUGCGAACACUGACUUCUGGUCUGUAUAUACAGUUGAAGGCGAAGUAGCGCAGGGCCGUCGAAUUCUAUCAGCGGCAUCGACGCUCCCAACUCUUGAAGUGUUUAUUCAAAGUUCUUUUCCAAAUGCUGUAGAGCUUUCGAACGGCCAGUUCAAGAACGUGCUCCACUACAAUGCUAAGAACGAGCUCAACGAAAUUUCCAAAACACAGUUUCCCACACUCUGGAAUAAGACGAUCUGUAUCUGGGUGGGAUAUUACUACUCGAAUUGGAUUAAAUUCAAUUAUCCUUUUGGACCACAGAAGGACUCUUCCACAAGCCCACCAACUUACGUUCUAGCAAAACCAUAUCCUUCGUCUACGAUAUUCGCCUCUGUCAAUCCGGACGACUUAGGCCCAGCCAUCAAUGCUCUUCUAAAGUCUGGAACCACCUACAUGAGAAAAAAUAUCAGUUUCUUAGCGGAAGAGCAGACCGACGCCGAGAGAUUAGAAAUAUUUGGUACUACGCUGGGUGUCCGUACAAUAUUUCAAGAAAUUGAGCCAGAAGAGUAUUCGAAAAAGAUGGCCGAGGCUGGAAUGCCUCCCCAUAUCGUUCAGAACGUAACUGAACAAUUGUUGCUCAUCAGAACAGGAAACUACAUGGCUCAGAAAAGGGACGACAUCAUUCCUAUACGAGACAUUUUGCCAGAAUACCGAUUCAAGAGUUGGCAAGAAUAUGUAAAGGAGGCAGACUGGUCGAGCAUUCUCUAG